AUGGUGAGACUCUUUGGCUAUUCCCUCCUAGAGCCGUUAGCCCGUACUAAGAUUGGAGCAUCUAUGACCAUCAUGUUAUUAGCGAGACUUCUCCAAGGGUUCGAAUGGGCUCUCCCUAUUGGUGAAAGUAAAGUCAAGCUCGUCGCAGCAGAGAGCAACUUGGUCAUGGCCAAACCUCUACUUGCAUCUGCGAAACCUAGGUUGGCUCCUGGUUUAUAUCCGAAAAUCCAGAUCUAA